CAGGAGGGCGGUGCUCUGGGCCCAGCAGGGACCCGGAGGACGAGUCACUCCUCUUCCUCCGCCGGGCGGGGAAGGCACCUGGGAGCUGGGGAGCCGCCUGAUGGGCCCUCCUCCUCGGCCAGAGCCAUCAUGUUCAGCCGGGCGUCCAGGCGAAGAAGGUCCUCCAGAGGAGGAGCAGGAGCACUGCCUGAGGUGGAGGAUCCUGACCGGGGCCAACCGUGUCAGGCAUGCGGGGAGCAGUGCCCGGGCUUCCUAGUGCAUGGAUGGAGGAAGAUCUGCCAACACUGCAAGUGUCCACGGGAGGAGCAUGCCGUGCGCAUGGUGCCUGUUGACUUGGAGAGGAUGAUGUGCCGCCUUAUCUCUGACUUCCAGCGCCACUCUAUCUCAGACGAUGACUCAGGCUGUGCUUCAGAAGAAUAUGCUUGGGUGCCCCCAGGACUCAAGCCUGAGCAGGUGUAUCAGUUCUUCAGCUGCCUCCCCGAGGACAAAGUUCCCUAUGUCAAUAGCCCUGGAGAACGGUAUCGCAUCCGCCAGCUACUGCACCAACUUCCUCCACAUGACAGUGAGGCUCAGUACUGCAGUUCCCUGGAAGAAGAAGAGGCAAAAGAGCUGAAGUUAUUCUCUCAGCAACGAAAAAGAGAGAACCUUGGCCGUGGGACUGUCCGACUCUUCCCUGUCACCAUAACUGGAGCCAUUUGUGAGCAGUGUGGGAAGCAGAUCUGUGGUGGGGACAUUGCUGUCUUUGCCAGCCGUGCAGGGCAUGGUGCCUGCUGGCACCCACAGUGCUUUGUUUGCACCACCUGCCGGGAGCUCCUUGUCGACCUCAUCUACUUCUACCAGGAUGGCAAGAUCUACUGUGGGCGUCACCAUGCUGAACGCCUCAAACCGCGCUGCGAAGCCUGUGAUGAGAUCAUUUUUGCGGAUGAGUGCACGGAGGCAGAGGGCCGCCACUGGCACAUGCGCCAUUUCUGCUGCUUCGAGUGUGAGGAGGCCCUGGGUGGUCAACGGUACAUCAUGCGCCAGAGCCGUCCUUACUGCUGCCGCUGCUAUGAGAGCCUGUAUGCAGAGUAUUGUGAUGCCUGUGGGGAGCACAUUGGCAUUGACCAAGGCCAGAUGACCUAUGAGGGUCAGCACUGGCAUGCCACUGAUGCUUGUUUCUGCUGCUCCCGCUGCCACCAACCUCUCCUGGGGAAGCCAUUUCUGCCCAAGCAAGGCCAGAUCUUCUGCUCUCGGGCCUGCAGCCUGGGCGAAGACCCCAAUGCUUCAGAUUCAUGUGAUUCAGCCUUCCAGAGCGCCCGUUCCCAGGACUCGCGGCGAGCCAGCUGGCAGCAACGGCGAGUUCAGGCCCAGCGCUCACCAUCCUCCCAUGUGGCCCGUUCUGUUUCCUUUGGCGGGCAGCUGGUGUUGCCUAACUCAACCCCGAGGCUCCGAAGAAGCUGGAGUGGAUUGCCUGGACCUGGGGAGGAGACGCCAGCAGAAAUGGAAGAGCUCUCAGAUCCAGAUAGCAAUGGGUCAGGAGGCAGCCAGAAUUGCAAAGAACCAGUGAAAUGUACUUCCCGAGGAACUUCCACUUGCCCACCACCAGCCACUAACCACCAGCCAGGAACAGGGACUGAGAUCCAGCCACGUUUCCAGCGUGCCUCUCCCUUGCGCCACUCCAUGCCAGAGUUGGGCAUUCCCCCUUCUAAAAUCCCUGACUGGAGCAGCAGUUCAGCUUCCAAGCUUCAAGCAUCUGCUCGGCCACGACUCAGUGAAGGAACCGAGAUGGAGACAGGGAGUUUUGCCCGGGGAGGGGUACCUCGAGUUAGCUUCCGGGAACCUCUUGUUGCAGGAGAGCCAAGCAUUCCUUGCCUUGAGCAGACCUCCAUGAGCACUCAGGUGCUUCAGAAUGGAGGUGCCGGCCGGGGACACCCUCGUUCCACCUCAGACAACUCACUUAACUUGGGAAACCAAGGCUGGAGGCCAAGGAAGGGCAGCAAGGAGGGGAGACGGGGCAACCUCUCUUAUUCAGCUUCUGAGGGUGCUUUUCCGGCCUGGCAUCGACGUUAUCCACAUCGAGGAUGGGACUUCAGUUCCUCUGACUCCUCUGAUUCUUCCUCAGAGGAGGAAGGCUACUUUCUGGGGGAGCCUAUACCUUUGCCCCCCCCACCUCCGAGGUAGAGCUAGCCCCACAGAGGCUGCACCUUCUACAGACUCUACAUGUAAACAACAGCGCCGAAGACUGAGGGUUGUCCGGGACAAGAACUGUGUUGUGGCAUAAACCUGACCUUACUAACUUCUAGGUUUGGGACAUAAUGAACCAGUAUCAAAUCAGGAUUUCUGGCUUGUUGAAAGCAUUACGUGUUGACAUUCUGUGGGAGGUAGGCUCUAAAAUUUGAAAUGGGACCAUUGACUUUUUCUUCUUCCACCUUGACUUCUUUGAUUCAUGGUUCUUUUCCAGGGAUCCACCUCAGAAAGUGACCUCUUCAUCAUUGAAUUCUUCUACCUUUCCUCAGGGACACUUGAGCACUGGCUUUUCCAUGGUGACCUUGGACCUUUUAGAUGUGUGACCCUCCUGUGAAGAAUCUUGAACUCCUGUCUGUGUUGAUUUUGGAAGUUUGGUUGUGUUUAUUUUCCAUUGUGGCCUUUUUGACCUUUCAACUGUGACCUCUCAGAUACACAUUGACCCUUCUGUCUUGAACUUUCAGAGUUGAUUUUUAGAACCUCUCUGCACUGUGCCCUCUGUGAACUUCAAAGUGCUACUUCUUACCUGGGAGCCUUUGAACUCUGGCUUUGACCUUUCCACUGUGACCUCUGAAUCUUUGUUGCCUCUCUCCUGGGUGAACCUUUUGCUCUUUCAAGUUGCCAUUAUUAAUGUAAGCAUGUAACAAGUUUGUGUGGUUUCAAGCUUUGGGGUGUGUUUUCUCUAUAAGGAUGUUGUUUGGUUAUGUAUGUGUUGGGUGGGAUUGAAUUCCAUUCCUUAGCUGGUAGUGUUGCACUCUGUUGAAUAUGGACACUCAGUGAGCAGAGUCAGAGUUACUUGUCUGGAUUAGAACUCCCAGAAUCUCUCAGCCAGCAUGGCAAGUGGCUGUAUUGGCUGGGAGAUUCUGGGAGCUAUAGUUCCUUCCCCAUAUCCCCACCUUCUCUAAGCUCUGCCCCAGAAUCGACAACAGAUCUUUUCAGUCUUAACUGGCACUGGUCUCCCCUUUUCCUCUGUCCAUUCCCUUUGCACUUUGUGCUCUUCUCUCAAAUUUCCAGGUUUUAACAGACUGUUUUGUUUUUCUAAUUAAGGGUUUUAAUUUAAAUGAACUUUCAAUAAAAACAUAUGAAAGCA